AGUGGAAUAUCUUUAUGGAAGUAGUGGAAAAAGUACCGAAGAAUAAUCGAUGUACAAUUAAUGAAAGUUCGAAGAGAAGUCUUGUGAGGUCUGCGGCACGUACGCUUUGCAGGAGGUACCCGAGUGGUUGGUAACAGAGACGCUUAGUAGAUGAAUACGGUCCUGCGCGAUCCCCUCCACUUUCCUCAUCCCGCUAUACGACCAGUCAGUUCCUUGUUUGCCAUACAAAAUCCAAUAGUUUGCCUUGUACCUCGAGAGAGUGCGAGUAUGUCUUUUCCAUUUGCCUUUUUUUUUAAAAAGUGCGGUAAUUCAUCAAAGUACUCGCGAAAAUGUGCAUUUUACUAAGUUUAUUCACUCACACAACAAGAUUUCGAUGGUUUUGAGAGGGAGAUCCCAGAAAGCAUAGUGAAUUCCUGUCUGAGACCAGACCGACCGGCCCGUUAAGGCUUCGUCGAUUUUUUGGUCGUGAAAAAACAACGGAGCCGAAGCUUUUGUGCAGAAAGUCAGUUGGACGAUUGAAAAAGACCGAUACGACGAAAACCAGUGUAUCUAAGUGCGCGUACGAAUACUCGAGGUGACUCCUGUGUAAAAGGAGCACCGCAGGACGAAUAUUUUCACUGGAGUUCUCGAGAAAAUGUGUUAUGUAUUUACGUGGAAUAUUGCGUAACGUCGAGGGCCGGGAAGUGUUUGGAAACGUGCAACACUGACAAACCUCGCUUCGACGACUUUGCAGCACGGGCAGCACGAGCUCUACGCGUCCGUGCAGCUGGCUUUACCGGCUCUAUUUCGUCUCUUCUAUCCCAGCGAAAUUCCCCUCGCGAUACCGCGAUCGAAAUUUUCCAAAGGAAGAAACUCCACCGACGCUCGUAUCUUCUCGUGGAACAGCACAAACUUUCCUCGCGAUCAACUUGAUUUCAACCUCGACCACUUGCUUCUGGAUAACUUCUCUCGAAAUUCCCUGGUGCAAGGACGUUUAACUUCUUUUCAAAUGGAAAUUGUAUUUCCAAUGUGAUCUGCGAUGAAACGUGUUCGCGGGCUGGACGAGGUAGCAUCACCAGCAGCAGCAACAUUAAAGCACUCAUCAGUGAGUGCAGGAAGUGGCUUAGGUGGCGGAGGAGGUGGUUUGGAGUACCAUUCAAGCAGUGGAAUAGGCGUUGUUGUACCUGGCCAAGCAGUUCGAUCAGUUGCUUCGAAAGAAAUGCCGGGAAGCAUACAAUUUGGAACUGCCCAAGCUCAACAGCAAUAUACUGGAGCAAUUGUAGUACCGACUGCGGCUCCGUCCCCUAUUAAGGGAAGUGGAUCUGGAGGACUUACUUCUACAUGUAGUAGUAGCAAUGUAAACACUAGUGGAGGGUUACAUGGUGGAAUAGGUGGUGGAAGUAAUCAUAGUAUGGGUUCCCAGCAGCCUGCACCAGGCACCCAAAAUCAAGUUCAUAGCCAACAACAACCAACAAUAAGGCAUAAGGUUCAUUCUAGUAAUGUAGCACCAUUAGCUUCUACUCCGCCAGGCAGUAGCCUAGGUAGCGGCAGUGGAUCUCAACAAUUCCAGAGAUUAAAAGUAGAAGAUGCAUUGUCUUAUUUAGAUCAAGUAAAGUACAAAUUUAGUGAUCAGCCUCAGGUGUAUAAUGAUUUUUUGGAUAUUAUGAAAGAAUUUAAGUCACAAAGCAUAGAUACACCAGGAGUAAUAACAAGAGUGAGCCAUUUAUUUAAAGGACAUCCUGAACUUAUUGUUGGUUUUAAUACCUUUCUUCCACCUGGAUAUAAAAUAGAAGUACAAGCAAAUGAACAAGGAUAUGCAUUUCAAGUAUCAGUUAGUAUGCCAAGUCCAACAGCAACACAUACUGCUACCUUGUCACAACAUCAUUGCACUGUAAAUGUUGGUUCGCCUCCUGUUGCAAGUCCACCAACACAACCAGCAAAAGCUCCACCAGUUUUACAAAUAAUGCAAGGGUCCGGAAAUAUACAUCAUUCGCUGGCAAAUAAUAUUUCGAAUAACAGUUUAACUGUACAUGCACCCUCACCACCACCAGUACAGGCAUACAAUAAUUCACAUGUUAGUGCAGCUCAAGCACAGGCUGUGAGUCAAGCAUUAAGUCAAGCACAAGAUGGUAUUCCGACCAGUGGACAAACUCAACAGAGCCAACCAGUUGAAUUUAAUCAUGCAAUUAAUUAUGUUAACAAAAUUAAGAAUCGAUUCCAAGGUCAACCAGAUAAAUAUAAAAGAUUUUUAGAAAUUCUACACACUUAUCAGAAAGAACAACGAAAUUUAAAAGAAUCUGGACAUAUGGGUGGCACAAGUGGAUCUGGUGCAUCUGGCGGAGCAAAACAUUUAACAGAAGCAGAAGUUUACAGUCAAGUUGCUAAAUUAUUCGAAAACCAAGAAGAUUUACUCGCUGAAUUUGGACAAUUUUUACCAGAUGCCACUAAUCAACAAAGUGCAUUGAGUAACAAGACUGCUACAGUUAAUGAUCAUACAACAAUCGUUAAAAAACCAUUGGGACCUAAAGCACCUUAUAAUAAUUCAGGAAAUAUUUCGAGAGAUCUUCGAGAAUCGAGCGGUAUUAAUACAAUAGAACGAGAAACUCGUGAUCAUAGAGAUCGUGAACGGGAAAGAGAUAGAUCUGGUAUACGAGAUAUUAACAGUGUACAAAAACUUGGCCACAAUACAGGACAAUUAAAAAGAAGUCCGUCAUUUUCACCUUCGGUAACAGCUGGAAACUCUCAUCAUAUACAGCAUGGUCCACCUCCUUUAAAAAAGCAUAAAGUAUCAUCUAUGCGUGAAUGUGUUACCAUAGCAGAAGCUGGAAAAUAUGGUAGUCUGAACGAUUAUGCUUUCUUCGAUAAGGUUCGUAAAGCAUUAAGAUCUCAAGAAGUGUAUGAAAAUUUCCUCAGAUGUUUGGUUUUGUUUAAUCAAGAAAUAGUUUCCAAAUCUGAGCUGGUGCAGUUAGUAACGCCAUUUCUUGGUCGUUUUCCUGAACUUUUGCGUUGGUUUAAAGAUUUCCUAGGCCAUUUGCCUGAAUCUUCUAAUACCAAUACAACAAAUGCGAGUAGCAAUUUAAAUGUUGAGGCGCUACCAAAUAAUGUUGUACGAAGUCAUCAGGAGAGACCGCAAGGUGAUUUGGCGAUGGAAAUUGACUAUACGGCAUGCAAGCGCUUAGGGGCAUCAUAUUGCGCAUUACCAAAGUCUUACGUUCAACCAAAGUGUACAGGAAGAACGCAGUUGUGUAAAGAAGUUCUUAACGAUACAUGGGUUUCAUUUCCAACUUGGUCAGAAGAUAGUACAUUUGUAACAUCCAGGAAAACUCAGUAUGAGGAAUUCAUUUAUCGUUGCGAGGAUGAACGAUUCGAGUUAGAUGGUGUGAUAGAAACUAAUGCGUCAACGAUUAGAGUUCUAGAAGGUGUUCACAAAAAAAUGAGUAGAAUGAGCCAAGAAGAACUUCAAAAAUUUAAAUUAGAUGAUUGUCUGGGUGGUUGUUCUCCUACAAUUCAUCAAAGAGCCUUGAAAAGGAUAUAUGGUGAUAAGGCUGCUGAUAUUAUAGAUGGUCUUAAGAAAAAUCCUGUCGUAGCAGUACCAGUAGUUCUUCGUCGAUUAAAGAGUAAAGAAGAAGAAUGGCGGGAAGCGCAAAAGGGUUUCAAUAAAAUUUGGAGAGAACAGAAUGAAAAAUACUAUUUGAAAUCUCUAGAUCAUCAAGGUAUCAAUUUCAAGCAAAAUGAUGUGAAAGCUUUAAGAUCUAAAAGUCUAUUUAAUGAAAUUGAAACAUUAUAUGAUGAGAGACACGAACAAGUAGACGAUGGCAGCGGGGAUGGUCAAAAUAAUAGUGGUCCACAUCUUGUAUUACCUUAUAAAGAUAAAUCUGUCCUAGAUGACGCAGCUAAUCUUCUUAUUCAUCAUGUGAAACGUCAAACAGCCAUCCACAAGGAAGACAAGCAACGAAUAAAGCUUUUAUUAAAGCAUUUUAUACCUGAUCUUUUUUUCCAUCCACGUCAGGAAUUGAGCGAUGAUGAACGAGACGAAGAUGAUGAGAAAGAAGAUCUCAAUGUAGCAGCAUGUAGUAAUUCUCAAUCGGCAACGAUGAAUAUCUCUCCAUUGAGUGGUGGUCUUCAAGCGAAUAGAAAUAAGGCGCCUGUAUCUCCGAUUCCGUCUUCCACAUCGAUUAAAACUGAACCUGAUAUUAAAGUACCAAUUCAUGCCAUGUCGAAUGAUCCAGAAGAAGCGUACACGCUUUUCAUGGGCAGCAACAAUUGGUACCUUUUUUUAAGGUUACAUCAUAUUUUAUGCGAAAGAUUAACAAAAAUGUACGAUCGAGCUGUCGCUCUUGCUGAAGAGGAAUCGCGAUACAAACAACAACGCAAGGAGAGUACAGCGGUCGCAUUACGAUUAAAACCCAAAAAUGAAAUUGAAAUCGAGGACUAUUAUCCUGCAUUUUUGGAUAUGGUUAAGAAUGUCUUAGAUGGUAAUAUGGAAAGUACUGCGUAUGAGGAUACUUUGCGAGAAAUGUUUGGUAUUCACGCAUAUAUCGCUUUUACGUUAGAUAAGGUUGUGACAUAUGCCGUGAGACAAUUGCAGCAUUUGGUCUCAGAUCCUAUAUGUCAGCAAUGCAUGGAAUUAUUCCAGCGAGAACAACGUCAACCAAAAGAAAGUAGUGGUGCAGGUGGUUUAUGUGCUACAGCGUACAUGAGACUUGGUGCAGAAAUGUCGUAUCAACGUAAAGCUGAAAAAGCUAUGGCGGACGAGAAUUGUUUUAAGAUAUACAUUUAUAAAAAAGACUGUAAAAUGACAAUGGAAUUGUUGGAUACGGAAGGUGAUGAGGCGAUGGACAACAAUUGUAGGGAAAGAGAAAGGGAAGGAGUUACUGUAUCUGAAAAAUGGUCUACAUAUGUUGAGAGGUUUUCUGCUCCAGCUGGUCAGACUAGCCCGAAAGACACCCCUACCUUAACAGACAAUGAGCCAACAACCAAUCAUCCUGUGAGUAACGACCAGGCAGCAAGGGGGGGGAGGGGCAGAAAGCGCAAGAACACUGACACUAGCAAGAAGUUGUACCGUUGCCAUUCAGAAAAAUCAUUGGACUCUGUAGAUGCACUUUUAAAACGGCCUCCUAGUUUAAGAUUAGCAGAUUCUGGGGAUACAUCUGAUAUCAUCAAUUCUGAUGAAACACAAUGCAGAUUUAAUCCUAAUAGUUACCAAAUGCUCUAUAUUGCUAGUAAGGAAGCAUUCCUAUAACAAAAUUCAUUCAGUCGUGCCAGAGAGUGUCAUCCAGCUGUGACAAAACACUUGAAUUCAAAAUUCCAUCAAUGGUUGGCAUCUUGGGCAUCUAAAAACGUCGCGGACGUUCAGCAUCGAUUAUGUCAAGAUUGGUUGAUGGGACGUUACGAAAACUUAAUUCCUCAUAAGACACGAGUGAUCACAGACAAUGACCAAACAAGAUCACCUUACAGACAAUACAAUCGUUAUAGAGUGGAACGUUUGCAACCUGAUCUUCUGACAGAAUCCUGUGUAUAAUCAUAUGUCUUUUAUCAUUUCUUUACCACGAGAGAUCUCUCUUAUCAUUUCUUUAUUGAGAACUCGUUUCGGUAAUCUCACAUUCAUAUUUUCUGUUUAAAACAAAUUAAUAGUUAAGAGAAAAUUAUCAAAGCAAAAUUAAAGAUGAUUCUUGAACUAUUUUGCGUGCACGUACAACAAGGCGCAUGUUUUAUUUUGCCAACGAAGUUCAUCGGGAACGAAGAAGGUGCAAAAAUGGUCAUUAGAAAAGAAAGUAUCGAAGACUAUAACGAAUCAUCUUUACAUUGUGUACUACACUUAUUCAUUCAAUUUUUACUAAAUUUGAUUCUUUAACUGUACAGGUUAUAAAUAAUCUGAUGCAAAUGGAAAUAUCGCUGAUUUGUUGUUGUUUAUCUAAAAGUUUAAUGUAAAGAGUCUCUUCAAUUUAAAAUAUUAAAUAAACUAUCGAAUCGAAUAUAUUAGAAGAAAGAGAAACAGUUGUAACAAGCGAUAUUUCCAGUUGUAUUAAAGAUCAAGCUUGUGAUCAGGUAAUAUAAGAUAUCUAAACGUAAUGUUUAUUUCGAUUUCCGAAAAUCGAAUACUUUCCGAUAUAAUUAUUAGAUAUAGAUUUUCCAGGUAAGGUUUUACAUAAGAGAGUAAAGUUACGGUAAAACUUUUGAUACUUUAUGUAAUAUCUUAAAAGAUUUAGAAAAAAUAUUCUAUCGUCAUGUAAUUGUCGUUUAUAAGCGUAUUGCAGAUUCAGUCAAUUUUAUUUUAUUAAGUAUUUUAUUUUUAUAGAGAGAGAGACUUACACGAUUGUAAUUGAAACAUUAAAUAUUGUUAGUAAUUAAAAAUCUAUUAAAACUUCGAUUUACA